GAUUUUAUAAUAAAAAGGACACAAAGUUCGCCCUCCUCGAGGACUUCCUUUGCCGCAUCCUUCCCCAUUCUCCUUUCCCCAUAUCCCGUUCACAUUAGACAAACCUGCCAUGCACGCCAAGUUUGCUGCCAUCACUGCCCUUGUGACGCUUCUUGGAGCUAAUGCUCAAAAGCCUCCAUCCUUCCCUCCUCAGGUGCCAGCCGCCUAUCCACCAUACGACGAUACCAAGGUCAUCUCUGAAGAAUUCAUCAAAGCUCCUCUCGUCCAGGAAGCUAUUGCCUACGUCAAGGCUGUCGUCCCCGCUGACGUUCUCGCCAUCAAGCCCUCGACUUACCAACCAAACACUCCCGAAGCGCCAAAGUACAAUGAUGACCCCGUAAAGCGUGCCUACUGGCCCGCAACGCUAGCUACCCGCCCCGGAGAUGUCGUUGCUUGCCCUGGUGACAACCAGUGGGGUCUUACCUACGAUGAUGGACCAACCACUAAAGAAAACUCUCCUGGUGGCAUGGUCUCCAAGGAUGUCCGUGACGCCCUCAAGGCUGCCAACCUAAAGGCCACAUUCUUCCUCAAGGGUGCGCCAACAAAGGGUUUGCCUGAGGAGGUCAAGGCCACCAUUGCCGAUGGUCACGAGGUUGCGAUCCACACCUGGACUCACCACCCUCUGACGUCUCUCACCAACGAACAAAUUGUUGCCGAGUUAAAGUACACGGAAGCCGCUAUUUUCGAAGCCGUUGGCAAGGUCCCUGCUUUCUACCGCCCUCCUUACGGUGAUGUGGAUGACCGUGUACGGGCUAUCGCCACCGCUCUUGGAUACCAGAACAUUAUGUGGACUCGGGAGCCUGACCGUGACACUCACGACGCUGCCGGUCCCACUGGAGCGGCCGUCCGCGACAAGAUCGUCAAGAGUGUCAAAGACUCUUGGUUCAAACCCCAGAAAGGUUUCAUCUCCCUUGAGCACGACGUCAAUGCCUUUGUGUCAGAAGUUGGUGUUACGAUUCUCAAGGAGAUCAAGGCUGCCGGUGCCAACCUUCAAGUCAAGCCUCAGCCUAUCGGCCAAUGUUUGAACGCUGCUCCUUACAGGUCAGGCCCUGUUGGUGCAAACCAAAACCCACCCACCGGUAACACCGUCCCUGUUCCCGGCGGUACCGUCACAACCCCUGCUGGUGACAACAACAAAACCGCAACGCCAUCUACCACUGGAACUCCCGCCGGCAAUCCCGGCAAGUCUGCCCCCGGCUCAGUGGCCACCGAAUCCCCAUGCGACGAUGAGAAAAUCCCCAUCCGUGCCACCAGCACCGUCUAUGUGGAACCCACGGGCACCCCCAGCAACAGCGGUGGCAAGAAGGAUGACAAGAAGCCUUCGACAACUGGCUCUCCCGUCUUCAGCAGUGCAAAGUCUGUCAGUGUUGGCCUUGCAACCGUUGUUGCCGGUGUGUUGGCAUCUGUCGCCUUGUUUUAGAUAAACGUUGUUCGUAGAGCGUUUUUACCUAGAUGCUGGUUCAUCAAACAAAAUGUGUGGUAGAUACUAUGAACCUUUGGUGGUGGUAGUUGAGAACUGGAUAAAUAGUGGUGGUGUCGUUUGAAUUCUAUGUGUGAAAGGAAAACUCGAAUAUUUUUUGUUUAUAACGAAAUAGAAAUUAGAAUUGGGGUAGAGUAUGUUGAAUCUUGAACUUUCUUGUUUUUUUGCGAUACUUUUUUAUUGGAGCGACAUAUCUGCAUGGUUGUCGUGGCUGUCAUUCGCCAAAAGCUAUCUUUCCGC